AUGGUGCCUCUACUAGAAAUAUUCGCACUGCGAUCAGGUCGUGUUCGCGCACGACAGACAACACCCCCUGCCUCGGGUAGCACUGAGACCCCAGCACCCGAUGGCAACGCCACCCCCGCGCCCGAAGCCCGCGGCGCCACCAGCCGCCGGCCCGCCAAGCGCAGGCGCCAAAACCGGCCGAGGCAAGACGAGGUGGAAUCUGAAGACCGAGGCGGGUCAGACUCCGGGCAUGCCGGUAGUGAUGACCCGUUCAGGUCUGAAGACGAAGCCUCCGAGUCAGCAGCAGCAGCGCCUGUCGUCGAAUUCAGCGAUGAGUCCGACAUUCUCAGCAACGACGACAGGGAUAGCAACGACGGCCGCGGGCCCGGCGAGAGCCUGAGAGACAGGAUCUUAGGCCUCGUCGAUGAUGCAACUCCCCUGGAUCUCAAACUGGGCCACCGUGCCUUGUCCCGUGUCAGCCAGUUUGUGUCUAAGCACACUGGUUGGCUGCAGACGCAUCGUCCAGCUGUCUGCGAUGUGGACCUUGCCAAGUUCAUCCCGCAGGUGGAAUACGACACGUGGUGGACCGAGCUCGACGAAGAGGCCCUUCAGGACGCCCUGGCCGCCGAUGCAUUCUAUCAGUACCUGGGCAGCCUCGACAAGCCCUCCCACGUCAUCUGGGCGCCGACAUGGGCCAAGAUAAUGCGCAUUAUGGGUUGCCUCCCGACUGACAUUAUCGGGCCCAAGCGCUACCUCGCCUCCAACUCGUACCCGGAGGUCGACGUCGGCGGCCAACGGUACGCCAACCCGCACUGGACCCCCAAGUUCUGUAGGAGACUUGCCCGCGUCGCCCUCGGUGGCCCCUGUGGUCACAACUACAGAUUGCUGGCAGUCUUCAUACUCUGGGCUGUCGCCUGCCGCAUGAAUGACCGCCGACGCAUCCCGAUGAACCACGGCACUGAUGGGGGCCAGUUCUUCGACAACCUCCAGCGACGGCUAGCCACCACCGAUGGGAAGAAGUCGAUUGUUGCCAUCCACCAGGAGGUACGCCGGGAGCUCAAGUCGCUUGGACUUGAGCUUCCGUGGUACUCUCAGGUGAUGAGGAACAUCGAGAAACAGAUGUUUCGCAACGAUCAGGACCCGUUCCACAAGGAAGUUGGGCCAAUCUUUAUAGAUUUUGACCCUUAUCUUGUGGAAACGGAGGAUCUUCUCGCUGUUGAGAUUGCUAUGAACAGCUGCCAGUCCUUCGGCAUCCCACGCUUCACCAAUGUUGGUGACAGGUUCAGAACUGUCACCAACACCAAGAAGUUUGGGUACCCCAAGUCUAGCGCUGAUUUUCAAGACCUCUGGCAGCGUAUAUAUGUCGACAAUCUCCGCUUCGACAAGAAGCGUCGUCAGCAGGCCAGGGACGGACACCUGGGUCCCUUGACCGGCUUGGACAGGAUCACUGGACGCGGGGUGGACACCAGGUUCGGUUCCUCUCCUGGCGCCCUGUCCUUCGGUGGGGACUCUGGUGGCUCGGUGGUGUUCGGCGACAGCCCCGGGGCCUCCAUGCUCGGCGAUGGCCUCGGCGAUGACCUUGCAGCGGGCAGCCCGAGUGGCGAUGGAGCAGGGACCUCUCCAGAGAGGCUCCCAAAGCUGCCGGACUGCCCGCUUCCUGGAUCGGAAGGAUUAGUUCGCAUCGCCGGACCAAAGGGCAAUUUUCUCCUUCCUGUUGGCACUGAGGUACCUGAAUAUAAUCUAGAGGUCUUACCUCGCGCCAGGGCCUUGCCUGCUCUAACAAUGAUCUCGGAGCAUAGGCAUGAAAGCCCGUAUUUUGAUUUCGCGACCGUCGAGAACUUGCUUGAGCUGGAGAACCGCCUGGUCCUGUGA